AUGGGCCGAGGCAAGUAUGCUGACGAGACUUCAGCCAACGACAAGAUCCGAGAGGCCGCCAUGCUCAUGUGUGUGGCAGAAGGCCAGAUAGAGGAUGGAGACCUGGAAGAGGCAACCACAGCGUCCGAAGGCUGCCUCGAGAUUUUCAGAAAUGAGGGUGACGAAAGAGGUACUCGUGAUGCCCUCCGUUUAGUUGUCCACGUCUACCGCGCGAAAGCGGACGAGGCCCGAAACAAAGGCGAGCGAGCUGAUGCACGAGAGCUGCUCGAGAAGGCCGAAGAAAUGGCCGAGGAGGAGCUCUCCAACUACCGCGACGCUGGCGAUGACCUGGGACAGGGCUGCAUGCUGCUCUCCAUGGCAGAAGCCACCUGUGCCUACCGGGGAAGCACCAAGCGAGACGAGGCCCUCGAGAAUGCUGAGGAAGCCUUGGCAAUCUUCCGCGAGGUCAAGGACCCCAAGUACGAAGGGCUCGCAGCUCUCACCGUUGCGGAGGUGUACUUCCGCAAGCGAAACUUCCACGCCGCUCGGCGGGCCGCAGCUGAGGCCACUGAGAUCUUCAAGGGCAUCGAUGACAAGCUCUGCCAGGCCAUGUCCCUGCAUAUGGGUGCCGCUACCGAAGCCAGAGCCGGAGUCUUGGAGAUGGCGAUCCGCCUUGGCCGGAAGUCCUUGAAGCUUCUGCAGGAGGGCGGCUCCAAGAAGCAGCAGAUGGCAAGUCUGCUCGCGCUGGGCCAGUUCUACCUCAUGCGGGAGGAUGCGCGGCUCUCCCUCUCCAUGGGAGAGGCUGCCAUGGCCCUCCUUCAGGAGCUAGAUGACGCAAUCUCCUGGGAGGGCGUCGCCAUCGGCUUCAUCGUAGAGGCGUACAUCCUCAACAACCAGUCAGACAAGGCCGUGCAGGUCUGCAAAGAGGCCCUGGAGCGCGCGAGGCCGCGCACGGACCAGAAGCGGGAGACCGUGUACCUCUUGCACCACCUGAUCCACGCCUUGUCCGUGUAUGGCGACAUCGACCAGGUCCUCGAGGUUGCCGAGGAGGCCCUCGCGCUGUCCACUGAGAUCGGCUGCAAGCGAUUGAAGGCGCACGUCUACGAGGAGCUCAGCCAUGCUCACCUCCUCGCUGAGCAGAACAACGACGCCCUGUAUGCCGCGAAGGAAGCCGUCACCCUCCUCAAGGAGUUGGGCGCGGACCAUGAUGAGAUCACCACGCGCCUGCAGGUCCUCACGAAAGUCCUGAUCAUCCAGGACAAUUACCAGGAGGCGCACAACCAGAUCGAGCUGGCGAAGGACAUCGCGCAGAAAAUCGAAGAGAAGCCCCUGGAGGCAUUCUGCCUCUCCAUCCAGUCCCGAGUGCAGGCUCUUUUGGGCGAUCCGGAGGGUGGCGUCAAGGCGGCAGACCUUGCCAUCGACAUGUUCAAGGAAGAUGGCGACAGGAGGGGCGAGUGCCGCGUGUGGGAGGGCCUUUCGGAGAUUCACAUGACCGCAAAUGACUUCUCCUCCGCGCUGCGCGCUGCAAAGCGGGCGGAGACUCUAUGUGCCGAUGUUGGGGACACGCGAUUGAUGGCAAGGAUGAAGCACACGACAUCCAUGGUGCACAUGUCCGCCGACAACCAUGACGAGGCAAAAGCUUCGAUCACCGAAGCAAUCAAGCUCUCCCGAGCAGACGAUGACAUGAGGGGGACGGUAAAGUACAUCUUCCUUGCCAUGGACAUCUGGGUGACUUCGCUUACGGCAAUGGACCCAGAGGACAAGAGCAAGGUCAGAAUCUACAGGCAGGGCUGCGAGAAAGCCAUGCGGCUGGCGAAAGAGGCCGUCAAGCUUAGCAUCCGCCUGGAAGAUAGAUACGCGGAGUGCAUGGCCAACUACUGGGUUGGAACGAUGCACAUCAUGAUGGGGCGUCCAAAGGAGGCCCGCAUCAAUGCCGACGUGUCGUUGGAGAUCGCGAAGUCUAAGCGGGAUAUGCUCAGUGAGAUGUACGCCCGCGGACUUAUAGUGCAGAUCUGCCUCCAGGAGAAGGACGUCAAAGGUGCCAAAGAGAGCCUCAAAGAUGUACAGGGCCUGGCAGAGGAGCUGGGCGAUCCUCAAGCCAAAGCCAUGGCCGAUCAGCUCAAGGAAUUGGUCAUGGGCUCUGGUGUGCAGGAAGCUGCCCCGCAGGCUGCAGCCGUGGCUGCGCCCGUGCAGGAGAUGGGUGGUGCCUCUUCUGCUGCCACUGCCGAAGAGCUUGCCUAUGUGGCGCCAGACCCCAUCACCAUCAAGAACCACAUCAUCGCGAUGGUGAAGAACAUGGUCGGCGGAGGUGACGAGGUUGAUGGCGACACUCCGCUCAUGGAGUCGGGUGUGGAUAGCCUGGCAAGUGUGGAGCUCCGAACGCAGCUGCAGGGGGAGUUCAAGGUGAACCUGCCCUCCACGGUCAUGUUCAACUAUCCCACCAUUGAGGGCCUGACGGGGCUGCUCAUCGACGAGUGCACGAACAAGAAGAUCACCUGGUUGGAACCGUGGGACCCAGAGUCAUGCCUAGAGCAUGGUGAGCCGGAUGCGUUAAUGGCCCCAUCGCUGCCGGUGAUAGCUCAGCGGCCACCACGGAAAGGCGCCACACAGGGUGCCUCAGGCCGACGAUUGCAGGGGGUGGAGAGCCUGCCAGCCUUGCAGGCAGCUCCCGUCAUCAGGCAUAUACACGACCACCACCAUUUCGUCUAUCGACGAGAGAGGGCCUCGGUGCCAUCAGUGCUUGAGUCGCUGCCUGAGCGAAGGCCCUCGGUUCCAGAGGUGACCGUGCAGCUCGCGCGCGACGCAGAGCCAGUCGAGCCCACCCCGCAGGCGCACGCAUGGAGGCCCGCGGAGGAAAGCACGCUGCACGAUCCGCCCGAGCCAGCGGAUGCUGCGGAGGACGGAGAAGACUCCUCCAAGCCGUCGCUGCCCACAAGAAGCCUCUUGCAGGUACUGCCGGACCAAUCCCGCAAUGGGCUGGAGAGCCGUGGAUCCGUGGCCUCAACGAAGCUGUCCUUCGUCAGCGAGGUCGUGGAGCCUUGGGUGCUGAGUACGGAGCCUGAGGACAAGCUGUCAACAAGGCUCCGGGUCUUGGAAGCCGAAAGCAGGUGGUCGGAUCGGCGACGGGAUCUAAGACGCUACAUCCGAGAGCUGCCAGACAGCUCCAAGUCCAAGGCAAAGCAGAAGCUGGUGGGCCAGCAUGUUACAGGCACGCUGGUCGACAAGACUCGGCUAGAGACGCAGAAGGCACGAGACACCCAGGAGAAUCGAGAUGUCGUCCACCACAUCGAGAAAGAGAUACACGCGUGUAGCCGCUCUCGGCACAAGGUCAUGCGAAUGCAGGCGGCUCUACGACGUCGCUUGGGAAGGCGCUCCAUGGGUCUCAUGUCGCAGGACACCCAAGAGGAGCUUGUAGAGGAGGAGGGUGAUGCAGGCGUGACUGAAUCGUAG